AUGGCUUUAGUCUACAGAACUGUGAUGCAAUUAAAUGGCUUUUUUUUUUCUCUGUUUGGAUGGUUUCUAUCCUGUCUCACUACCUAUUUACCUGACUGGAAAAAUCUCAGUUUAGACUUAAAUGAAUUUGAGACCUGGACCACGGGACUCUGGCAAGUUUGUAUUACCCAAGAGGAAGGGGGAAUUCAAUGUAAGGAUUUUGAUUCUUUCUUGGCUUUGCCUCCAGAGUUUAGGAUUUCUAGGAUUUUGAUGUUUGUUUCAAAUGGAUUAGGACUUUUGGGCGUCUUCCUUUCAGGUUUUGGGUUGGACUGUUUGAAGAUUGGUGAAAGACAACAGGAACUAAAGAAACGGCUAUUACUGCUUGGAGGAAUACUCUUCUGGAUAUCAGGAAUUACAGUCAUAGCCCCAGUUUCUUGGGUUGCUCACACUAUAGUCAAGGAAUAUUGGGAUGAGAAUAUCCCAGAGAUUAUUCCCAGGUGGGACUUGGGGGAAGCACUGUUUGUUGGCUGGUUUGCUGGAAUAUGUCUUAUACUAGGAGGGUCACUACUUAAUUGCACUGUCUGUUCAACUGACGUCCAUCCUUCCUCAGUCCAUUACACAGUAACAGAAAUGCAAGAUCACUGUCAACACUUGGAAACUGAAAAUAGUCCUGAAAAUCUAGGAGUUUAA